UCUUUGAUCGGCAUCCCGACCAAUGAAAGCGUACGUCCCAGCUAAUUUGUAUUUCAGAAUUCAGUUUCAGAGCACGCAGGUAAGAACCACCACGGAAUAAUCUAAAUAACUAAGUAUAAUGUAACAAUCGCUAAAUAACACGGAUCGUCGAUAUGAUGUUGAUAUUAUGGCUCCGAAUUCGAUUGGAACUGUAGAAGGUGACAAGGAAAUUCCGGAUUUCGUUCAACAGUGUCUUAAGUUUGUGGCUCUUUAUGAACCUGGAACAUUUUCUUGUUCAUCGAGCUCGUCAUUAGAAAACGAGGAUGUCGAUGAAGAUAUAAAACGUAUACUCAAUGAACACAAUCCACCAAAGCAACCCCUGUCGGCAUACCAAGGAUUUUCAAAUAUCUACAAGAAAGUUUCAGACGACAUGGACACGGUAACGAAUAAUAAAUCUGAAUACAAUGAUUGGGGCGAUGCUGUCAAAGACGUGUGCACGGUGUAUCCGCCAUUAGGAAUUGAUAAAAUAUUGCUUAAAUCGUUACAAGAUAAAUUAUUGAAAUUUCAACCGGAAAUUUUAUUAGAAUACGGAAAUAACGAAAGCAAGGAGUUGAGAAAAUGCCUAGAAGCAUCUGUUUACGAACAAGGAUUGAAAGAAUUUGAAAUAGCACAACCAUAUUGUGUAGCGAGUAAAAAUUUGCAUUAUGGGAAACCAAAAAUAUGUCCAAAAACUAUGCAAGUCUCGAAGAAAAAAGUAGAGAAUUGGUUAAACAAUUGCAUAGAUCAAAAUCAUAUAUUUUCGUAA